AUGGUCGAGGCCGCAGCUUCGUAUAUCCGCAUGGUAAGAGCGUGAUUCUCCUUCUGGGUAGAAAGAGAGAGAGAGGGAGAGAGAGGGAGAGAGAGGGAGAGAGAGUUAGAGAGAGAGGGGGGGGGGAGAGAGGGAAAGAAGUCGGUUCUAUUCUCCCUAACUGGUGCGUUUUAAGGUUUCAGGUGCAACACUUGAUCGAGGAGUGCCUCGUUUUCCGCAUGACUCGAGAGGAGUGUGCCGAGGCCCUCUCCAAGCACGCCAACAUCAAACCCAUCAUCACUUCCACUGGUUCGCUCCCUCUCUCUCUCUGUCUCUCUAUCUCUUGAUCUCUCUCCCCGUAACACGAGAGGGCUUCUGCUUCAGUUUGGAAGGAGCUGGAGAAGGAGAACAGGGAGUUCUUCGAAGCGUACGCUCGCGAAACGGACAGAGCGCCGACGGUGGAGGCAAUGCAAAGCAUCCAGAAGGUCAUCCACGAUUCCCUCUCCAGUGAUUCGGACGACUAG